AUGAAUUGCCCUGUAUUGGUCCUUCGGGACAGACUGUAUCGCACGCUCAGUGGCAUCGCCAGUGAACCUACUUUGAUAGGUGACGCCAUUACUCGCGGCAUCAAACCGAAAAGCGUGGAUCAUGCUCAAUCCAUCAAACUAAUGCUCUGUCUCAAGCUCCUGGCCAUCCUUGUGCUUAACGUUAAAUACGCCCGGGCCGUUGAGACAGUAAGCCGAGUUGGCGAGAUAGGGCGGAAGAGUCCCGAGGACGUUGAGCUGGAGACGCUCUGGAGCUUCCACAGCGUUCAAGAAAAAGACUCUGGGAAGGCUGGGGUGUGUUUUGCAGCGGUAUCGGGUAAGAGAGAGGGCUUGUUGCCAGGCUCAGUGAGCGUGCUGUGCCAUGGGAGACGAUGGGACGUAUGA